AUGCUGGAGGAGGCGGGCGAGGUGCUGGAGUCGGUGCUGAAGGCCUCGUGCCUGCCGCUCAGCUUCCUACUUUUUGUCCCCGCCGUGCUCCUGCUCCUGGGUCCGCCGCCCGCCGCUGAAGCCGCCCACGAGUUCACGGUGUACCGCAUGCAGCAGUACGAGCUGGGCGGGCAGCCCUACGGCACCAGGAGCGCAGUGCUUAACACAGAAGCCCGCACUGUGGAAGCGGACGUCCUGAGCCGCCGCUGCGUCAUGAUGCGGCUGGUGGACUUCUCCUACGAGCAGUACCAGAAGGCUCUCCGCCAGUCAGCUGGUGCUGUGGUGAUCAUCUUGCCACGGUCUAUCUCUUCUGUCCCACAGGAUGUUGUAAAGCAAUUCAUGGAGAUAGAGCCAGAAAUGCUCGCUAUGGAAACCAUUGUGCCAGUCUACUUUGCAGUGGAAGAUGAUGAGCUGCUGUCUAUCUAUGAACAAACGCGGGCUGCUUCUGCGUCACAGGGUUCUGCCUCGGCUGCAGAAGUUCUGCUUCACACCGCGACUGCCAAUGGCUUCCAGAUGGUGACCAGCGGGGCUCAGAGCAAAGCUAUCCACGACUGGCUGAUACCCAGCGUGGAGGGAAGGCUGACAGGGCUGGGUGGAGAAGACUUGCCCACUGUUGUGAUAGUUGCCCACUACGAUUCUUUUGGAGUGGCUCCAUGGCUGUCUCACGGUGCUGAUUCCAAUGGCAGUGGUGUCUCGGUGUUACUGGAACUAGCCAGGCUGUUUUCUCGACUCUACACCUACAGACGUACCCAUGCUGGAUAUAACUUACUGUUCUUUGCAUCUGGAGGUGGCAAGUUUAAUUAUCAAGGAACCAAGAGAUGGCUGGAGGACAAUUUGGACCACACUGAUUCCAGCCUGUUGCAAGACAACGUGGCAUUUGUUCUUUGCCUUGACACUCUGGGCCGAGGCGAUAGCCUUCAUCUUCAUGUCUCAAAGCCUCCCAAGGAGGGGACCUUGCAGCAUGCGUUCCUGAGAGAACUGGAGAUGGUUGUUGCCAGCCAGUUCCCAGAGGUAAAGUUUUCCAUGGUGCACAAGAAGAUAAACCUGGCUGAAGACAUGCUGGCAUGGGAGCACGAGCGCUUUGCGAUCCGACGCUUGCCAGCGUUCACCAUCUCCCACCUGGAGAGCCAUCGGGACAGUCUGCGCAACAGCAUCAUGGAUAGGAGGUCACAAGUGGACACUAAGGCACUAACCAGGAACACCAGGAUCAUUGCUGAGGCUUUGACGAGGGUCAUCUACAACCUGACAGAGAAGGGAGCGCCUGCAGAUCUGCAGAUCUUCACGGAUCAGAUGCAGAUCCAGCAGGAGCAGCUAGAAUCAGUGAUGGACUGGCUGAGCAGUCAGCCCAGGGCUGCUCAGCUGAUUGAUAAAGACAGCACCUUUCUCAGCACCUUAGAAUAUUAUAUGGGUCGCUACCUGAAAGAUGUCAAACAGCAUCAUGUAAAGGCAGACAAACGGGAUCCUGAGUUUGUUUUCUAUGACCAGCUGAAACAGGUGAUGAAUGCAUACAGGGUCAAGCCAGCGAUCUUUGACCUGCUUCUGGCCGUCUGUAUAGCAGCCUACCUUGGUGUCGCCUACGUUGCAGUGCAGAAUUUUGGUCUCCUUUACAGGAUGAUACAGAGAUUAUCCCUUAAAACCAAGCAGCAGUGAAGCAACAAAGUCAUCCUGUGUACAGCAGCACUGAGCCAUCGGAGAGCAUGCUAUGUCUGUGGCUCCUUGUAAUAUCAGCAGGUGGCAUGGUACCAAGCACUCCUGAAAUAUCAUCCCUACGGGAAAAACUUGCCUUUUUUUUUUUUUUUUCUUUUGAGUUCCUGUUUGAAAUACAUCUCUCUGUAUGCAUGAAGUGUUUGUGACAGCCCUCUGCCAAAUGAAUUUAUAAUGACUUCAGAAAUUGGUUGCUUGUUCUAGAGCGGCAGGAAGAUGAGCCGUGGUUGUUUUCCACUGCACUUAGAUACUGCACGUACUGCACGCCGGGAGGGUGCAGAUCUGGGCUUUGAGAUAUAGGACAUGCACAGAACAGCAGCUAUCUCUGAAUAUCUGGAGGCAGUACUGGAGGCCUCCAGCUGCACCCCAUCCUUGGUGUGUGUUACCCAGGGGCAGGGCAUGUUUCACCUCCAAUCCAGCAUGUUACUUAAGCAGGCUUAAUGAAACCCCAUUACAAAAUAGGAAAGACAGAAUUAUCAGCAGUCCUACUUAGGCUUGACUCAGGGCCCAUAAAAAUGUGCAAGAGAGAAAAGGGCAGGCCCAAAGAAUUCCUCUUUGCAGCAGAGACUCAACUUUUCCAGCUCUGUCCUGGUCAAGGUUGUAGCAUUAAAGCAAACACUUCAGUUCCUCGUGGUCUCAACUAUAAACCAAAGCUCCUGAUGGCAGUGCUAGAAGCAACUGUCUAAAAACAAGAUCAGGAAAGACAAAGGAGGAAAGUUCACAUGUCCCCAGGGGCAGUUGGGAUAGUGCAUUGUUCUCCUGUGCACAAUGGUAAUUUGUCCCGUCAUCUAAUUGGUCCAUUUGAUACAUCUAGCUGGCUGCCAUAGAAAGUGUUUUUUUUACUACAGAUAAGGGUUUAUGCUUCUGAUCAAAGUUUGUUUCUACUAAAGCAUUAUAUAGUUAAAUUCCAACUUUCUUAUAGCUGGAACAGCGGCCAGCCUGGGAGUGAACUUAGUGCCAACACUGCCCCAUUUCCUUAGGAAGCAUGUAAAUAGCCCCUGCUGUUCUGCCACGUUUGGAAGUGACAAGUAAAUGGGUGCUGAUUCAUACUGCAGCACAUCUGAUGAAUCUUACUGCCAGCGUGACACGCAGCAGCAGCAAUCCAGCAGCUGUUUUGCUAAAAUAAAGGUUCUCUACAACGUUGCAGAAGAGCCCUUAUAGCAGAUUCUUGCAGUCCUGUUUUUACCUGUCCUUUUAUUGGGAGUUUGCCUGGCCUGGAAGGAAGAAGCAUGAAAAACAUGUGCCUGCUUAUAUGCAAGAAGCCUGCAGUUACACUUGUAGCCAAAAAAACCCACAAAAUUUUGCCUGUUGUCCUGGUGCUGUCAAAGAUCACAGUGUGCAGAAAUCUGUGUUUCCAACAGAUUUAAGCACUGAAGGUCUUUGAGUCCGUUCCCUGCCCUGGGCACCGGGGGUUAGAUGUGAAUAGUUUGGGCUGUCAUAGCUUAUCUCCCAAAUAAAAAAGGUUUACCAUUGUGAAAUAGGACUACCGUGCAAUAUGACCAGUUGGAGGAAUCACUACAGUCUAUUUCAACCUUUAAAACCCCAGAUAGCCCCAAACUGCUGCGGGCGUUGGGUUUGGGUGGGUUUGGUUUUGCUUUAAAUCACGUUCAUAACACACAAACCAACGUGAAGAGCAUCCCAGCGCCUGGUGGUCAGGCUGGGUUUCGUGUUUAGAGCCCUUCAGCCCUGAGUUAAUGGUCUGAAGUGAUGGGAGCACUCAGGUCAGCCUCGCGGUGCUGUGGGCUCAUCUUUGGUUCAGUCUGUUCCCAUUUGUCCCCAUCAGACAACAUUGUGAUCUGGAACGUUCACAGCUCAGGAAGAGGCGUCGAUUUAUCCGGUAACGUUAACACAGCUGCUUAUAUCCUAAAGAACAAAUGUAUAUCGAGGUGAAUAUUUAAAAGCUGACAGCAAAGACAAUGCAGUCAAUGAACGUUAUUUUUUUUUUUUUCCUGAUGAUAAAUGUGAUGGUAUUUAAUAUUUUAACGUUUUUCAUUUCCGUAUUUGUUUGUCCCUUUGGAAAAAUAAACUACGAGUGAGUA